AUGAGCGAACAAGAGGAUCCUACUUCUAUCUCGGAUAUCUGGGAGAGCGCGAGGCGGGAAUUCGAACGGUUGACUGGGAAACAGCUCCAGCCAACUUCGGCUGCCUCGCUUCAAGGAAUUCGUGACACAAUCGCAGCCUCUCGUACCUCGAAAGACCCAGAUACAGAGAAGGCAAAGGCAGCUGGACUGCGGAUUGUCAAGUGCUUGCAGCUGCUGGGUGGAGUGGCCUCCCAGGCCGCGUCGCUGGUUUUUCCCCCGGCGGGAGUUUGCUUCAGUGCUUUGUCGUUUCUGCUCGAUAUUCCGCCAAAGCUUCAUGGCUUUCACGCUGCAGUCGACAGCAUUUUCAUCGAGAUUGAGCCGACCCUCGUGCAGUUUGAGAUGUAUCGAGACAUCGAGAGCAAGGAUGCAGUCCAUCCUGAUAUGAUACUGGCAAUCAAUAAAGUCAUGAUCAGCUUUGUGACUCUCUGUGCCAUAUGUAUCAAGUUCAGGGAUGGCGGCUUUUUAGUGCGCCUCAAGGCCAACCUCAAAAAGGCCAUGUUUGACGAGGCGGCCAUCCAAGAUGAACUGGCUCAUUUCAAAGAUUUGAUUCAAACCCAGAAGGUUAUCGAAGGUACCUGGACAAUCCAACAGGUCAUCGAAACCAAGCGAUCGCUCCGCUUGGUCAAAGAUGACACGGAAAGGAUUUUGAAGCUCGCUGAUGACAUCAAGGACAAGGUUGGGAUUAUGUCUUCGGACCAACAGAAGCGCCGAACGGAACAGACGACAAAAAACUAUCUGGAAAAGAUUCGCAAUACACUGGGGAUUUCUGACAAUCAGGUCACGAGUGCGAUCAGUGUUUGCGACAACAUGUGGAAAAGUACCGUCAAGGGCAGUGGAGACUGGCUGAACCGGAUGGACGAAUACGUGAACUGGGUGAAGGGAGAACCCCCUGAAACGAGCCCUUUACUCCUCUUGACCGGCGACGGAGGCUGUGGAAAAUCAGUCAUCACAUCGGUCGUGUACAAGAACCUUGACAAACGAUCGUCUCUGACUGAGGAGACCGGACGCACGCUGGUGCAAAGUGCUGGGCGCGCACUUGUUGCGUAUUAUGCCUUCUCUCCGACUGGAAAGAUCGACGACGAUAAAACCCCCGCGGAGACUGCACUGAAAUGCCUAUGUGUCCAACUUGCCCAACAAGAUGCCGCAUAUGCGAAGCAGCUCGCGGAGAGCUUCAAAGAUAAUACCGAUUGCGCCAAAGACGCACCCGAGAGCUUCAGAGACCAAACGAGAGAUACGAAAUACUUCCGAGAUGCAGAUUGUCAGCAGCUCUGGACCGACUUGAAACUUGGAGCCCCCACACAGACCGCAACCCACUUCCUGUUGCUGGAUGGGAUUGAUAACCUCCCUGUCAACAAGCUGCAGGAGCUGGGAGAUAUCUUCCAAGGAAUCAACGAGCCUCCGGAGGCAGAUUCUCGGAAGGAGACACGGAGCGGUGCGCGAGUCCUUGUGUGUGGGAGCAUGCAAAAGCUGGAAAGCCUGGGAGAAGCACCGGAUGGAGGAUCACAGUUCCCUACAAUUGAUGUUGGGGCAUGCAAUGGCGAUGAUAUCGAUAAAUACAUUGAGAGAGAGCUGCAAAACGCCGACCUCUUCCAAGCCGCCAAUGCACAAAAUCGGCGACUAAAAGAGGAUGUGCAGGCCGGACUCAAGUCUCGAGCGGAAGGUUCUUUUACCCAAGUACGAAGCGAUAUCAGUAUGGUCAAGGGGAUUGUGGAAUCCGAGAUGACUGAAGAUGAUCUGAAGAAAGCCCUGAGCGCAACCAAAAAGAACGCAAAAGCGACAGUCACGGAUGACAUCGCAUCCCUCGAGGCCUUACCCAACAACCAGAAGCUGAUCGAAGAGGUGAAUGAACUGCUCCUGUGGGUCGAUUUUGGGCCCUACUAUUACAAUGUCGCAGAGCUCGAAGCACUCUUGCUCCUUCGCUUUGAAGCGACGUCUCUCAAGUCCUUGCAAGAAAAGCUUCAGGGGACCUACUCGAAACUUCUCUUCGUCAACCAGGAUGGAGACGUCUUGCUAAUGGACCACGUCAAGGAGCACGUGGAACUGGCUGAACGAGCGGAGAAAAGGGCGUCCAAUGAGCGCACCAUUAGCAUUAACAUCACCAUUACCAAUGCGGAUACAGAAAGUAUCCAGCGCUUCUUCUGGGACUUGGGCCGGUUUGGCGCCAUUGACCAGUUCAAAUUCGCCCCGAGUGGCAUCUCGGCCGAUUCAUCGGGCUUCAGUCCCACCCAGAAGAAGCGUAUUGGGAUCAAUGAAACCGACUCCCAUCUUAUCAUGCUCAAAACGACCUUUUCCCUCCUGUUCAGUUCACCGACAGAAACGACGGAGCUUGUUGGACCAAAACUCUUGGCCGGCCUCAUCUCUCAUUUGAGCCAUUUGCGCACAGCAACCGAGGCAGACGAGCUAAGCGCUGAGGACCGACGGUUCGUCGCUAGGAACCUUCUUGAUGUAUUUCACAACCCGGAACAUCUUGAAAACCAUUGGAAGAGUACCGAGCUCAUUGGCUGGACAGAAAACCAAUCAGAAAUGGACUCUGUUUGGGGUUGGUUGAAGGAUCCUGUGGCCAUCAGCAAGCUUGACUCGCCACGGUCGGAGUGGCUCGCUGCUGCGACAGAAGAUUGGAAUCCAUCGAGGAAGUUGCUGACCCCAUUCAUGACAAUGCUUGCGCGUCGAUGGCUGCAAGACCGAGAGUGGCAGCCUCUUCGACCGUGUACUACAAUUCUCAACGUGCUCAUCAUGACUUCUGAGGACAACCGGGGUCUUACAGAUGCAGUGAACCUGGAGAAUGAUGCAUAUGUAUCCAUCAAACAUGAUGAACUCGAUCAGAUUCGACCGUUAUUGAUUGAGAAGGCGUCCAAAUGGUGCAAAGUUGCCCUUGAAGUCGAAGAAACCGAUUUCCUGUGGCAUCUACGGCUAGGAGAGACUUACAGUGGAUGUCAGCAGCUAGAAAAGGCACGCGAGGAAUAUGGAAAGGCCGUGCAAAUACUUCAGGAAACUGAGGCGUCUGGAAAGGAAAUCGACAAGAAUGAGCUUCGAGAUCUCUUCCUUCGAAUGGGAAGACUGUCCAUCGAAACAGAGCAGCUUGGUUAUUACGAGCAAGCACUUCAGCUCGAUCCCGACAACAUUGAGACUCGGUACCGCAUUCUCAAGAAUCAGAUUUCCAGCUGUACGGUAGAAGAGCAGGCGGCUAGGGUUCGAGAGGCACUUACAAUCGGCGACGGACUUCAACCAGGCUCAUUGGAACCCAUCUUGGACUUGGUAGUUGAGGACUAUAAAGAUGGCAGUGACUUGUCUAUAUUUGCUGUAUUCAACGCAGUCAUCUCUGGCGCAUCACUCAUACCGGAAUGCUGGCCAGAGCUACUCCGAUGCAUGGACAACGCGAUUGAGAAGGCUGAAAGUGAGGGUCGUUUCGACGACCUUGCAAUUCUUCAUCUGCACAAGGGAAUUGCGGCUUCGCUGUGUGGCAAAGACUACACGUCAAGGUCGGAAUUAGAGCAUUGGCAAGAGUGCUGGACAGUCGCCAAGGAGAAUAACAUAGUGCAGCCGGAUAGCGCCGUCACGGCUCUUUUGGUCGGGGAGAAUAGUGAUAGCAGAAGCAUUUUCAGCAUUCUGCUAAUGCUUGCCGGCGAUAUACUCAGCAAGUAUUACUUUGACCAAACGCGGCUCUUACUGGAGGAGGACGAACAAUUCUACCAGAACCAGAUCAAGCAACUUGAGAGGAUUGCCACUGACCAACUGCCUGACGGAAUGUCGAGUUGGACAAAAGCUAAGUGUUACCUGGCUUCUCAAUACGUGCUGCGAGAUCAGCUCUCUCAGGCGCAGGCGCUCUUCCGGUGGGAUAUGGCGGCCGUGUUCAAUAUUCUUACCGAUGAUGAUGCUGGCAACGAUUGGUUGGGCUACGGCACGCUUGCUCAUAUUCUGACGCACUGCGGUGAUUAUGAGAAUGCGGGCAUAGCUUACAAACUCAUCCCACCUGCUUUCCUGGAUCAAGAGGUUCUGACUGAGCUUUUGAACAUCGGCGAUGAAGGAGCAGCAGCAACCCAGGAGAUCAUUCGCUUCUAUGCCUCCAAUUGCCCAGAAGAGGCAACUCCCCUGAUGCAAGUCAUGGCACUCCAGAGUCAAGUUGCCAAACUCUCUGAACAAGCAGCAGAAGAGGAUUCUCAGCACUGGCAGGAGAUCGCAAAGAUUCUUCAGGAGUUCAAAGACGUCCUCGAGGUGGACUGGUACCUGAUGUGCGAUUCCUGCGAGGUCCGCUGCGGAUUUAAUGAGACCUUUUGGUCCUGCGGGUUCUGCUACUGCACUCAUUUCUGCGAGAGCUGUUACCAAAAGCUAUCUGCUAAGCAAAAGCCCAGGCCAUUUGUCUGCAGCGAGGCACAUGACUGGUUCCGCCUACCCGUGUGGGACUCGAAACGUUUUGCAUUGGCAUGUCGCGGACGGCUCCCAGGCAUAGAGUCGGACGGGAAGAUUGUGGUUUCAGCUUCAGCGGAGGGUGAAGCUAUUUCUGCGCGGAAAUGGCUUGGAUAUCUGUGUGGAAAAUGGGAUCUGAACAAGGAAGACUGGGGGUUUGAAUGA